AUGUUGAAACGUGGAGCUCAAGGCCCUCAAGGGUCCAAAGAAGACGAGGGUGCUUUCGGUAUGGCUAGCACUCCGGAUGAGAAACCUCACCGAGCCACAGCAGCCCAGUUAGCCAGCAGAAAGAUUAAGGAUGUCCGCAAACGCCGCGCUCCAACUCCCACAACCGGCGGAGGCGCACCUGAUGCGGCUUCAUUUAACCCUUUCACAUCCGUGGCCCCGGCCGCGGCACCAGCACCUACCCAGUCGACUGGGUUCACAUUUGGCCAGACUCAGAGCCAGAGCUUCCCCGGGGCAAGCUCGGGGCCCAGCCAGGGUGGAAUAUUCUCGUCGGGCACUAACGGCCAGGCGGGUGGUCAGGCGUCAUUCGGCUUCGGCGCGGGACCUACUUCAUUUGGAUCUGCACCGUCGAGCAAUCCUUUUGCUGUUGACACAUCAUUUGGCGGAAAUACCCAGCCAAGUACCAAUGGUUUCAGCUUUGGGGGAUUCAAUGCCGGAAAUCAGUCAACUCCAUCCUUCGGUGGAUUCGGAGCACAACAGAACACAAGCACCCCAGCAAAGCCCGUCCUGUUUGGGCAGUCUGCAGCACAUAUGACUUCGCCUGCCGAUGACAGCAUGCAAACUUCACCCGAUACCAAGCCCAAGGGAGGUUCCAUGUUUUCACCGAAGCCACCCGCAGGUCCGUCGGCACUUGGUAAUCCAUUCUCGAACCUUUCAGGAGAGAAUGCGUCCAGUAAUCCAUUUGCACCAAAGACAAUUGCAACCGAGAAACCAGCCGACAAACCUGCGGAGACCCAGCCCUUCAAACCACUUUUCGGAUCAACUCCCGCGGCUUUGAAGCCUGUGGAUGGAGAGAAGCCAACAGUCAGCAAUCCAUUUGCGAACCUGUCAGGGCAGGCUCCAACCAGUAGCCCUAACCUGUUUGCCCCAAAGACAACGGCAGCGGAGCAAAGCCCUGCGAAGCCUGCAGAGGCUGCGAAGCCUUUUGGUGCUCUUUUCGGGUCGACCCCCAGUUCUCAGCCCUCGGGGCCUGCUAGCAAUCCAUUCACGCCCAAACCAGCGACAGAAGAACCAAAGACGAGUAAUCCAUUUGCGAACCUGUCAGCGCCGAGUUCAUUUGGCGCUUUGUCCGCGCCGAAGGUUAGUGGGACCGAAAGUUCUGGAAAGGCUGCCGAAGCACAACCGUUCAAGCCCAUGUUUGGUACGCCUGCAGCAUCGAAAGGUUUGGAGGCUGGAAAAGAGCAGACAGCUACGCCAGCGUUUGGCAAUAUGUUCUCGCCGAAGCCGGCCGUCGAGAACGCGGCUGCAACGCCUGCAGCGGACCAGCCGUUCAAGCCCAUGUUCGGUACACCUGCGGUGUCGAAAGUUUCAGAGGUCGCAAAAGAGCAGACUACUUCACCAGCAUUUGGCAAUAUGUUCUCGCCAAAGCCAGCUGCCGAGGGUACCCCUGCAAAGCCAUCCGAGGACAAGCCGUUCAAGUCCAUGUUUGGAACACCUGUGGCCGAGAAGGAACAAUUACCGGCGAGUAGUGUUUUUGCACCGAAGGUGACAAGUGAAGGGCAAACUCCUUUGCCUGCGAAGGAGUCGCCCUUUGGCUCAAUGUUCGGGGCGUCUCCUGCGCCGUCGAAGCUUGGAGAAGAAAAGACAACCCAGCCGACACCUAGCAAUCCAUUCGCGAACCUGUCAGGGCAAAACGCGUUUAGCAACCCAUUCGCGCCAAAGCCGACAGAGCAGGCUGCAACGCCCCAGGCACCGAGCACUUCUCUCUUUGGUGCAAGUACAGCAGUUGACAACAAUAAAGACAAUAACAUCGCAGGUCUCAAUGGCUCACUGACUAGCCCAUUCACCGCUGGGCCUAAGGUGUCGAGUGAACCUCCAACGGAAGGUGCGACGAGACGCGCGACGAAACCUGCGACACCUCAUGUGUCGUUUGCGCAGUCUCCACGCGUCCAUGAAGUCUCGUCUUGUUUACCUGCCCCCUCUUCCUCUUCUCCCCCCUCCUCCUCCUCAACCUCUGCUGUUUCCAAGACUUUCACUGCUUCAAACCCUGACAGUCUUUUCCCUCGACCUGAUCAUUCUGUAUCAAUUGACUAUCCUGUAUCAACCGAAAAUCUUGACGAAAUGCCGCUCAAGCGUCUUUUCCCUGAGAGAAAUCGGGAAGAGCUUGAAGCCCAAGCCUAUUUGCUCAUGAGGCUUGGCGCCUUGACUGAGUCGUUCAAGCGUGAGAUCGCUAAAUGCGACCCCAUGACAGACGAUAUUGACGGUGUGCUUAUUGUUUACGCCGAGUUUCGCCGUGAGCUUGGUAUCCCCAUUGGGUCGAAGUCGGUUAACGCCGUAGAAACGGCCAAACGCGCUGCCGCCAUCGAACGCGAUGCCAUCAUCGAACGCGAUGCCGCCAAGGAAGCAGCCAAACGCGCUGCCAUCAUCGAACGCGAUGCCGCCGAGGAAGCGGCAGAUGGCAACGCCCCUCCUCGGGUCGGGACCCCUCCGACCUUCGUACCUCCUGCUGUUGAUAAUAGAGGCCCAGCGCCUUCUACCAAGCCUUCUGGUGGGUCUACUACUUCCUCCAAGUUCGCCCAAUCCUUCUCCGCUCCGGCUCCUGCUCCGGCAACUACUUCGGCUGGCACUUCUUCCGCCUCGAUUGCUGGUCCUUCGUCUCCGGCUGCGGCUCCAGUUGCUACUGCUUCAGUCGCCCGGGCUGAGCCUUCUCCCACUGCCAGCCCUGCUGCUACUCCUGUGGAUCCCCCUACCGCUGAAGCUCCUAAGCUCGUUGGUGAGGCCACUUCGACUGCCGCGCCUGCUUCUGGACCUCCCCAAUUUGGUGGUGCAGCUACUUCAGCCACUACCUCUACUCUUGGAGUUGCUAAGUCUGGCGAUACCGCUACUUCAGCCGCUGCCCCUGCUUUUAAAAUUCCCAACUUUGGUGCUCCGGCUACUGGCGCCGAUUUUCUAGCCCAGUUCAAGUCAAAGUCGGACAGCACCAUGGCUGAUGAAAAGGCCAAGAGAAAGGCUGAAGAGUUUGACUCUGAUGAGGAGGAUGAGGCGGAGUGGGAGCGCAAAGAUGAGGAACGUCAACGCGCCAAGCGAGCUGAAAUCGAAGCUGCAGCUAAAAAGCGUGCCGUUUUUGUCCCCGGUGAGGGUUUCAAGUUCGUUGAUGAUGACGCUGCUCCACAGAAUGUUGAGGAGCCUGCAACAUCUGCCGCCGUUGCCACUCCUCCACCGAAGGACUCUACGGGUACUACUAAUUCCCCCCUACUAUCUUCCCUCCUUUUGUUACUCCCACUCCACGGAACGACUCUACGGUUCCCCCCUACUAUCUUCCCUCCUUUUGUUACUCCCUCGCCCGCGUCUAGUAAGGCGAACGGCACUCCCUCUGGGUUUUCCUCGAGUUUCCAACCCAAGAUUCCUAUGACAUCAUCUCCUCAGUCGUCUGAAUUCUCAACUCUCGCCGGAACAGCCACGCAUCCGCCUGCGGAUGCCGCACUCUUCAAGAGCAAGCCUGGGGCCCCGCCUCCUUUCUUCCGUGCAGGCGCUUCUGGCCCCUCUACCAGCUCCUCAGUUCUCGGAUCGUCCAGUAAGCCGGUCCCAGCAUCACAGAACAUUUUCGGCGGCCUCAAGCCGACCUCACCGAAACGCAAGACCUCCGCGGAUGAAAGUCACAACGAGGAUGAUUCCCGCGCAAAGAAGCCGAAGGCCUCCCACAGCAUUUUCGGUCCACCCAAGUAUGGGUCUUCCAAGACUUUCGAACCCAAGAUCCCUAUGACAUCAUCUCCUCGGUCGUCAGAAUUCUCAUCUAUCAUCGGAUCAGCCACACGUUCGCCUGCGGAUGCCGCACUCUUUGGGGGCAAGCCUGGGGCCCCGCCUCCUUUCUUCCGUGCAGGCGCUUCUAGCCCCUCUAGCAGCUCCUCGGUUUUCGGAUCGUCCAGUAAGCCAGUACCAGCAUCGCAGAACAUCUUCGGCGGCCUCAAGCCGACCUCGCCGAAACGCAAGGCCUCUAUGGAUGAAAGUAACAACCAUGAUGAUCCCCACGCAAAGAAGACGAAGCCGUCGCCUCCCCCUCCUUCUGCGGGUGCCAGUAUGUUUGGACGAGUCUCCACUGCACCGCUGGCUCCUUCAAUCAAUUCCUCCGCACAGCCCGUGAUGCCCACUCCUUCCAGCCCCACUGAAGAUGAGGAGGGUGCACCUGGUGAAAUUUUCGAUCUGACAAAGGGCAACGGCGGCGAAGAAGAAGAAAUUGUUAUGUUUGAAGCCAGAGCCCGGGUUUACAACCUUGGGGAUAAGUGGUUUGUCAAAGGAACUGGCCCCGUCCGCGUUCUGAAGCACCCUGUCACUGGACGUGCGCGGAUCGUCGCCCGUUCCGAACCGAGUGGAAAUGUCACUUUGAACACUCUCCUGAAGAAAGAGUUCGACUACAAGGCCACCAAUAGCAGUGUUCAAUUCCUGGCGCCCAACGAGACUGGGACUCUCUCACAAUGGGCCGUUCAAGUGAAGGGUGAGAGACUGCAUGAGUUCCACCAGCUCGUCAACAAUGUCAAGAACUAG